AAAUAUGUAUUUUAAAAAACUUCACAUCGGCGGUGAGGUCUUAAAUUCAGUCUAACUUCAGUUUUCUUUCAGCUUCCAAACUAAAACCAGCCUGAGGUUAACAAGAAUCAAACUUUAGAGCUUUUUCCAAACAUUAAAGCAUAAAAAACACCAACAGACUAAAAAUAUUAGUUUUAUGAAAUAUGAAACUGAAAUCUUAAUGAGAAACCCCAGUGACAGAAAUUUAUGUAGGUAACAAACCCUGAAGGUCUUAAAGAUUUAAAAACAAAAGGUGACUAAAUUGGAAAAAAUUAUGUUUCAUUUUUAUGAUGAAAUGUAAAACAGUUCUAACAGAAAUAAAAACUACAAAUAAACUAAAAGCAGUGAUGCUCAGCAGGUUCACGCACGUCAGUGGGAGUGUCUCCAAGAGGCUCUGCCAACAAGAAAAACAAGAAAAAUCAGGAAGAAGAAAACCACAAACGAAGCUGCAGGUGAUACACGACGUUUCUGAAGAAGAGCUGUGAUCCGGGUGAAGGCAGUGUGAGCUGAUGUGGAUUCAGCAGAAUGGAUCAGGAUCAGGAUGUGAAUGAGAGGGUUCCUCUGCUCAGAGAGCAGAAGAGACGGAGCAGAGGUCAAAGUUCAGAGGACCAACAUCCCAUCCCAACAUGUCUGACUUGGUGUUGCUCUUUCUGCACACAGAGACCAGACUCACCUGAAGCCCAGCCUGUAACUGGACCAGAGACGGUGUCAGAAUACGAACCCAUCUCUGGAUCAGAAACCAUUUCAGUUUAUGAACCAGAACCAGAACCUGAGAAUCUAUCAGGAUAUGGACUCAACUCUGAACCUGAACCUCCAUCUGAGGCCUUAUCAGGAUGUGGAUCAGAACUGGAACCAGAACCUGACACCCUGUUAGGAUUUGAAACAAAAUCUGAACUUGUAUCCGGAUCAGAAACCAAAUCAGUUUAUGAACCUGAAUCAGUACCAGUACCUGGAUCUGAGACUCUGGUCAGAUUUGAACCUUUACCUCAGACCAUCGCUGAACCUCCAGAGGAUUCUGGACCUGAAGAUGAUCGCUCUGCCAAUCAAAGCAGCACACAGAAACCAGACUUCCCUGAACCUCAACCUGGACCUGAGACUGGAUACGAACCCAACGCUGACCUUUUGUCUGGAUCAGAAACCAAAUCAGUUAAUGAACCUGGAUCAGUACCAGAUGCUGAGGAAACAUCAGGGUUUGAACCCAAGUCUGAACCUGACCCUCCAUCUGAGACCUUAUCAGGAUCUGGAUCAGAGCUGGAACCAGAACCUGAGACCCUGCUGGGAUCUGAACCUUUACUUCAUCCUCAGACCGUCUCUGAACCUCCAGAGGAUUCUGGACCUGAAGAUGAUCAGUCUACCAAUCAAAGUAGCAUUCCAGACUCCCCUGAACCUCAGCCUGAACCAGAGACGGUGUCCGAAUACAAACCCAACUCUGAACUGGUACCUGGGUCAGAAACCAAAUCAGUUUAUGAACCUGGAUCAGUACCAGAUGCUGAGGCACCAUCUGGGUUUGAACCCAAGUCUGAACCUGGACCUCCAUCUGAGACUUUAUCAGGAUGUGGAUCUGGAUCAAAGCUGGGACCAGAACCUGACACCCUGCUGGGAUCUGAACCUUUACCUCAUCAUCAGAGCAUCUCUGAACCUCCAGAGGAUUCUGGACCUGAAGAUGAUCAGUCUACUAAUCAGAGUGAUGAAACGUGAAGAUGGAUCCAUCUGAAGCAGAUGGGUUGGACUCUACAUCACAAAGGGAGAAACAGGAGAGGUCAACGAUGAACAUGAGGUCAGACAGAUUGAAACAGCAUCCAGGAAACCAUUCAGACCAGAAACAACAAUCAGAGAUCAACCAGUCAGAACAUUGAUGACAAAGGGAGUGGCUGGUAUUGGGGAAAUAAAAACACCAGAACAUCCAGUUCAUAUUUCCAUUCACCUUCAGAGAGCUGAAUGUGCUGGAACGGGAAAAGUUCAGCUUGGUGGGACUGAUUCAUCACUUCUUCACUGAAACCAAAGGAAUCUGCAGCUUUGAACACUUCCAGGUUCUGUUCAUCUUUGAUGGCUUGGAUGAGAGUCGACUUCCUCUGGACUUCCACAACAAGGAGAUCCUGACUGAGGCUACAGAGUCCAGCUCAGUGGAUGUUCUGCUGACAAACCUGACUUUCUGACUAAAACCAGGAAGAUAGAGAACAUCACCCAGUUCUAAUGUCCUCCCACCCAAAGAAUAGACUUUUAAAUACUUAUUUCCUAUUGAUUUAAAAUAGUUUAUUUCGAUCCAGAUAAUAUUGUACAAACAUAAAACAGUGCACAGUAUGAAUGA